AUGUCGCGUCCAAGGAUGAACUUGACGUGCGUCGACGUUGCUUGCCGCGCCGCGAUCGACGACGACUCUGUCCUUGCCAUCAUCAGUGAGUUCAUCGAUACGACCAACGAAUGGUCCAUGGAGGACGCUGCGUCGUGCGGAUAUCUCCACCUCGUGCAACGCCUACACAUGGCAUGGGAAGAUGAUGAGUGUUGCGCGGAGGCCGCGAUGGACUUUGCAGCGUCUAAUGGCCACUUGGAAGUGGUACGGUGGCUUCACCAACACCGAAUUGAAGGAUGCACGACUGACGCAAUGAACGAAGCGGCAGCAGGUGGGCAUCUUCAUGUCGUGGAAUGGCUACAUCUCCAUCGCGUUGAAGGUUGCACCGACGCAGCCAUGGACCACGCUGCCGGGAAUGGACACUUGAACGUUGUUCGAUGGCUCCACGCGCAUCGAACCGAGGGAUGCUCUGUGGCGGCGAUGGAAUUAGCCGCUGCAAAUGGUCAUUUGGACGUUGUCGAGUGGCUGCAACACCAUCGAUCCGAAGGAUGCACAAGGAACGCGAUGGAUCUGGCCGCAGCGAACGGCCACUUGGACAUCGUGCAGUGGCUACACACCAACCGAAGCGAGGGCUGCUCGACAUUUGCCAUGAAUGCUGCGGUGCGAAACGGUCACCUCGACGUCGCGAUGUGGCUGCAGCACCAUCGCACGGAGGGCUGUACCUCCGACGCGAUGCGUGGUGCUCUGCACAUGCAACGAAUGGACAUGGUCGAUUUUCUCUGCGACAACGGGUACGACAGCAUGAGUCAAGCAUGGCACCUGCCGUUGGCCGGUCGAACUGGUCACCUCGGGAUCCUCCGUCGGCUGCUGGGCACGUCCUACUUGCACUCGCCAAUCCAGUUGAGUUUGACUCUCGAAGCGGCAGCCUCCUGCGGCCACGUUGCCGUUUUGAAGCACUUGCUGGACGUGAUAGACGAACGAAACAAUCCGAGCGUGAUGGAUGCGGCAGCAUGGGGAGGGCAUUUGAACAUUGUGCAAUUCCUCCACGAGACCGGCCAUCCUUGUACGUCUGUCGCAAUGGAUCAGGCGAGCGAAAAUGGCCACUUCGACGUUGUCCAGUACCUUCACACGCAUCGACGAGAAGGGUGCACGCGGGCAGCUAUCGAUCGCGCCGCCAUGAACGGCCACGAACGGAUCGUGCGGUAUUUAGCCGAGCACGUCGAAGCCCCAUGCACCAGCUUUGCCCUGACUGGCGCCGCCGCCCAUGGGCACUUGAGCAUCGUGCGAUAUCUUAUGCACAACAUCCAAACGACGUGGCACCGUGCCGAGGCCGUGAGGCUGGCAACGGCGAACGGCCACAUGCACGUCGUCGAGUUGCUGCUGCAGUAG